CACAAUUACUUACUCCCUUCUCUCCUCACUCCUUUCAUCUCUCUCUCUCUCUCUCCAAACUCCUUUGGCCACCAUUUUGGGGUGGGUAGGUGAAGGUAUUUUGCUUGCCAAAAUGAAGAUGUUCCUUGUUCCAAUAUUAAUUCUCCUUGCUUCAACUCUCUCCUUUUGCUUCGCAGCAGCUAGAUUGCCGGAUUCUGAAGUGCAAGCUUUACGUGACAUAGCGAUUACGUUAGGGAAGACGAACUGGAAUUUCGACGUAGAUCCGUGCAGUGGACAAUCGGGAUGGCUCGAGCCAACACUAGAAUUAUUCUCGAAUAAAGUUAACUGUGACUGCUCCUUCUCCAGUGGAACUGUGUGCCACGUUGUCAGCAUAGUUCUCAAAGGACAAAAUCUUGCAGGCACACUCCCACCAGAUUUGGCCGGGUUUCCUUCCCUCCAACAAAUUGACCUCACUCGCAACUUCCUCAAAGGUUCAAUCCCUCCGGGAUGGGGUUCUUCUACGCAGCUGGUCCACAUGGUCUUAUUGCAGUUCCCUUAUUGGAAACCGGUUAACGGGUUCUAUCCCCAAAGAGCUGGGAAACAUCAAAACUCUCAAAAACUUUUUAUUAUUUGUAGUACGGUGGAGUUCAAUCAGCUUUCCGGAAAGCUUCCUCCAGAGCUUGGCAAUAUGUCCUCCAUCGAAAGAUUUUUCCUCAGCUCGAAUUAUUUUACUGGGGGGCUGCCUGAUUCAUUUGCAGGGCUGAUCACAUUGAAGGACUUUCGGAUCGGUGACAAUCAAUUUUCUGGAAAGAUACCCAAUUAUAUUCAAAACUGGAAAAACCUUACAAAACUACUGAUUCAGGCAAGUGGUUUGAACGGGCCAAUUCCUCCUGGCAUUGCUUUUUUGGAAAACUUAACAGACUUGAGAAUUAGUGACUUGAUUGGAUCUGAAGAACCUUUUCCAAAACUUAAUAAUCUGACACAGUUGACAACACUGAUUUUGAGGAGUUGCAAUAUUACUGGACAGCUACCUGAUUAUUUCGGGAAUAUGGCAACGUUGACAACCUUAGAUCUCAGCUUUAACAAACUAAGUGGAGAAAUGCCAAAAAUGUUUGUCGAUCUUCGAUGGACGAGUUUCAUAUAUUUAACCGGCAACUUGCUAACUGGAAAACUGCCCAUUGGGAUGCUGAAAGCGAGUAACAUAGAUCUUUCAUAUAACAAAUUUACGUUAGUUGAAUCAAGUUGUCCACAACCUAGUCCGAACUUGUUUGCAAGCUCUUUGAUUGGCAAUAACAAUGGCCUGGUUCCGUGUUAUAGAAGCUUUCAUUGUCCUGAUCAAAAAUCAUACCAGAUUCAUAUAAAUUGCGGCGGAGAAGUAGUACCUAUUAAUGGAAAUACUGCAUAUGAUCCCGAUACAGAUUCAGGUGGAGCGUCAAAAUGCUACUUGAGUCCACAAAAAUGGAUAUUUAGUAGCACUGGUAACUUCAUGGAUAACCGUCAAGCUAACUAUAUUGGGCAAAAUUCAUCCAGGCUCUCUAUGACCAACCCUCAACUGUACAUGAAUGCACGCCUUUCUCCUCUCUCUCUUACUUAUUAUGCUUUUUGUAUGGGAAAUGGAAAUUACACAGUAAACCUCCAUUUUGCGGAGAUAAUGUUCACUGAUGAUAAAACAUAUAGUAGCUUGGGAAGACGUAUAUUUGAUAUUUACAUUCAGGGAAAGCUGGUAUGGAAGGAUUUCAACAUUGUAAAAGAGGCUGGUGGAGUGGGUAAAGCAGUUAUAAAAACUGUUACUACUGCCGUGAAUAAUAAUACCUUGGAGAUUCGUUUGUACUGGGCUGGUAAGGGGACAACUGAUAUCCCAAACAAAGGAGUCUAUGGUCCUCUUAUUUCAGCUAUUUCUGCAGUUGAUCCUGAUAAUAUACUAGAAAAUGGAACUGGUAUAUCUUUGGGUGCAACGGUCGGGAUUGUCGUUGCCGGAGCUUUUGUUAUAUUUUUGGUUCUGGGUAUCCUCUGGUGGAAAUGUUGUCUUGGACAGAAAAAUAAGAUGGAACAAGAUUUAAAGGGUUUGAACUUGCAAACUGGUACAUUCACCUUAAGGCAAAUCGAAGCUGCAACAAACAACUUUGAUGCUGCAAAUAAAAUUGGGGAAGGUGGUUUUGGUUCUGUUUAUAAGGGCCUUCUGUCAGAUGGCACCAGAAUUGCAGUCAAACAACUUUCUUCCAAAUCAAAGCAAGGAAAUCGUGAGUUUGUGAAUGAGAUAGGCAUGAUUUCUGCUUUGCAACACCCUCAUCUUGUUAAGCUCUAUGGAUGCUGUAUUGAAGGAAAUCAGCUGUUGCUAGUAUACGAGUACAUGGAAAAUAAUAGUCUUGCUCGUGCUUUGUUUGGGCCAAAAGAAUAUGAGUUGAAAUUGGAUUGGCCAACGAGACAAAAGAUUUGUAUUGGUAUAGCAAGAGGUUUGGCCUUUCUCCAUGAAGAAUCGAGAUUGAAGAUUGUUCAUAGAGACAUCAAGGCUACUAAUGUUUUGCUUGAUAAAAAUCUCAACCCGAAGAUAUCUGACUUUGGUUUGGCCAAGCUUGAUGGAGAGGAUAAUACCCACAUAAGCACCCGAGUUGCUGGAACUUAUGGAUAUAUGGCACCUGAAUAUGUAAUGCGGGGUUAUUUAACCGACAAAGCAGAUGUUUAUAGUUUUGGAAUUGUUGCCUUGGAAAUUGUUAGUGGGAGGACCAACACUAGUCACUGGGGAAAGGAGAAAUCUUUCCAUAUUCUUGAUUGGGCACUUCAUUUAAAAGAGAGACACAGUUUAUUGGAACUGGUUGAUCUAAGGUUGGGCUCAAACUACAAGAAAGAAGAGGUUAUGGUGAUGAUCAAUGUGGGUCUCCUAUGCACUAAUGCUUCUGCAGCAGUUAGGCCUACCAUGUCUUCAGUGGUGAGCAUGCUUGAGGGCAGGGCUGUUGUUCCAGAGUUGGCUCCGGAUCCAAGUGUCUCAAAUGACGAAAUGAAAGCGAAGGCAAUGUGGGAGUAUCUUCCACAACGUGAAGAACAGAAUAUGAGUGAGAGCGAGACACAGUAUACGGCAGAACUAUAUCCAGGCAAUUUAGAUUCUGAUUACUGGGAGAAAAGAGAUUUGUAGGGUGAAAUGAUAUGUAUUGGUUCACUUGGAAGGAAACCAAAUAACUUUCAAAUAAAAAUGUUAACUAUUUGAGAGGAAUUCAACUUAUAGUGAUUUCAUUCACGUAGAAUGCCUCAACAUAUACUUACAAGAAUUAUAAAGAUAAACAACUAAUCCUAACUAAUGAU